CAUAUUUGGGAGUUUUAUUUGUAUUCCAAAUCAUUUUCAGAGCUGUGUUUGGGUCAUUCCUUAAUUGAAUAGUUUUAAUAUGUUACAACGCCGGCCGCGAAUGAUUGUUGAAUGAUGGAUUCGCAUGUUUUAAAACUAUUGAACAUUGAAUUUUACACACCGUGAUCUGGAUACUGUAUUUUCCACCAAGCGAGCGAGGAAACGAGUCAGUUCAGAGAAGAAGAUGGAAUGAUUUGAGAGUGAUACACCUGCUGAACACAAUCACACACAAGAAUGCGCAUUAAAUAUACCAUUUCUGUCAUCUUUAUUGUGACUCUGGUCAUCAUAGAAAAGGAAAACAACAUUAUUUCAAAGGUGUCUGAUAAACUGAGCACACAGCUAACCCCGGUUCUGCUCGGCCUGUCUCUGUCCGCUCCACACAACGCCUCGGCAGACCAACACGAGGAUCGUCUUCUGGAGAACGCCUCGGUUGACCAACACGAGGAUCGUCUUCUGGAGAACUCGACCUGGUCCAUCCAGCAGAGCUUGUCUCCAGCGUCUGCAUCAGGAGGACAGAAACACAUUCUUCUGCUGGCCACCACUCGCACAGGCUCCUCUUUCGUUGGGGAGUUCUUCAACCAGCAGGGAUCAAACAUGUUUUACCUGUUCGAGCCGCUGUGGCAUGUGGAGCGCAUGCUAUCGGUCGAGUCUGGCGGGACGAACGCCUCAGUCGCUGGGCCGGCGUAUCGGGACGUUCUGCAUCAGCUGUUCCUCUGUGAGUUCUCGCUGCUGGAGAGCUUCAUCGAGCCGGCGCCGCAGGAUCAUGUGACGGCUUCGCUCUUCCGCCGCGAGUCCAGCCAGUCGCUGUGUGAGGAUCCGGUCUGCACGCCAUUCGUGAGGAAAACGUUCGAGCGCUACCACUGUCGCGUGCGGCGCUGCGGGCCGCUAAACCUUACGCUGGCCACUCAGUCCUGCAAGCAGAAGGAGCAUCACGCCAUUAAAUCCGUCCGCGUGCGACAGCUAGAGACGCUACGUCCGCUAGCCGAGGAUCCCAGACUCGACAUGAAGUUCAUCCAGCUGGUCAGGGACCCUCGCGCCGUUCUCGCCUCUCGAAUGGUUGCCUUCUCCAGCAAGUACAAGAUCUGGAAGAGGUGGGCCGUGGACGAAGACCUUCCAGUGGACGAGGACGAAGUGAGAAAACUCAAAGGAAACUGCGACAACAUCCGUAUGUCUGCUGAGAUUGGACUCAAACAGCCACCAUGGCUUCGCGGACGCUACAUGCUAGUGCGCUACGAGGACAUUGCACGAUUCCCAAUGCACAAAGCUACAGAGAUGUACAGCUUUAUAGGCAUUCCCUUCACCGCAACGGUGGAAGAGUGGAUCCUACACAAUACUCAGGCAUCUAAGGAGGUCAGUGGAGUUUAUUCCACCCAGAAAAACUCCUCUGAACAGGUGGAGAAAUGGAGGUUCAACAUUCCCUUCAAACUGGUUCAGCUGGUGCAGAAAGUGUGCGGCCCCACCAUGACUCUGUUUGGCUACAAGUUUGCGGAAAACAAAGACAUGUUGAUCGAUAAAUCAGUAAGCCUGAUUGAAGAGAGAACAUUCUUAUGAUACUACGCAGACUUCAUGAAGAGGACUGCUGAGAGAUUUGAGGAUCAGGGCUUGACAUUAACACCCACCAAAUGCGGCUGGAUUUCAGCAGUGGCGAGUAACGCAGUUACUCAUACUAGACACUUUGGCGGGUUGAAAAUGAUAUAUAAUAAAUAGAUUUUUGUCAAAAAUAUAGAAUUCUCAAUACAUAUCGAUACUGAAAUAUCUGAAACUCUUCCAAUACAAAUUUUCGCCAGAAUAGACACACGAUACCAGCUGCGCUUUCUUGCUCUCUCGUCUCUCCGACAGCGAGUUACACACAAACCCGCCUCUCCUCACUCACUCGUUUCAUUUGCUCCGGAUGAAUAUUGUUGGUGUCACAGGGCUUGAAUUUUGGCGUGGGAUUGUGCAUAUUGCGCAUACUUUGAAUCAUUCCCGCAGAUUUUGUGCUCAGACCCAAGUAAGGAUCCGUGCGUCAGGUCUUAAAGUACCUGCCAUAAAGUCCACUGCAAUUGACCGAAAUUUCCGGCAUUCUGUGUUUUCUCUGUUACACGAUAGGGGGUGCUAUUACACAACUUUUGAAAGAGUACUGAAUCUUCGGAUCAAAACACAGGCGAAGAAGAAGCAGAAACAAGCGAUAGCAUAUGUAAGCAAAUGCAUUUGUGAAAUAACGCGACCAUCAACAUUAAACAGCAUAUAAAUCAAAACUUCCUAAUGUUACUGAAUGAAAUGUCGACCCCGGACGAGAUACAGGACUGUGAAGCUUUGAGGUGUUGAUGGACUUGAUCUACUCCAUCUGUGUUUCAUCAUCGCUCUGAAUCUGAUCUGGAUGGAUUCUUUGACUAAAAUUUGAUUUUUACAGCUUUUUGCUCAAAAUGUUGCUUUUUUUUAUUAAACUUACCCACAUUCAAGUGUUGAUAAAAAAGGAAUGCAUGAAGCUAGAAUAAAACAUUUAUUUUUUUUAAAUAUUCUUGGGGCAAUGAAACUUGUGUGAAAAUGGUCAAAAAUGCUGGCGCUGGCUGGCAACUUUUUUUACAAAAUGUUGGCAGGGAAAGAGCUUAUAUACCUUUUGCCAAAUUAUGAGUUCAUAUUAAAAAAUAUAUGUAUGCCAGUUUCCCCCAUAGUAUCGAUGUCAAAAUGGUGGCCGGUGAAAAUGCCUAGUGGCCAGUAACUUUGGAAAACCACUAGCCACAGUGGCUGGUGAGCAAAAAAGUUAAUGUCAAGCCCUGUUGGGGAUGUUUGUGACAUUAUUGAAACAUUAUGCGAAAAAUGUAUUACAUAACUUCCUUAAGCAGUACUGAACAAUG